GUUAAAUUGCACAAAAGUCAACGAGUAAACGACUGAACUGCUCGGUUCAGGAUCACAAUCUUUUUGAGUCAAGUGCCGCAUUCUACUCAUGUCUGAAAUUGAAGACUGGCUAAGCUGGCCAAAGAAAACUGGGUUAAUUUGUGUGGAUUACACGGGGAAUGGUUCAAUAUAUACACCAUUGACAUCGACAGGAACCGCAGCCCUGACGGUGGAUCAGGGCCUUGGUGUUUUGUACGGAUUCCUUAUCGCGGGAGCUGUGGCGCUGGUCCUAUAUCUGGUGUUCAAACACUAACAAAGACUAUUCGUUUUUUAUCUUGUGUUGAUGGAUGGUGUUUGUGAAAGGAGAGCUUGCAGUGGGUUGCAUUUGAACCCGAACCUGACGUUUGUCAACUAAUCCAUACCAUAUAUUAACAAAUGCUGUUAUGUACUCGUAUUUUCGUUAUUCAUAUUUGCCAG